AUGUCUGGAAUGAAAAUUUUGGAGAUUGGGACAUUCUACCGUCCUUUCCUUUAUGGCAAACCUAGAAGCAAAAUCAUUGUUACUAGUCGACGUCAAAGGGUGGCCAAAAUCUUGUCGUCAAUUUCAGUUCAUCAUGUGACUGUGUUAUCAGACGAAAAUGCUUUAUCAUUGUUAGCUCAUCAUGCAUUAGGAACAAAGAAUUUUGAUGUACAACAAUUUCUAUAUGAGAUAGGUGAAUACUUGGUGAAAAGAUGUAAAAACUUGCCACUAGCAGUAAAGGCUGUUGGAGGAAUCCUUCGGACAAAAGUUAAUCCUAAAGACUUGGAAGAUAUUACCGCCAGGGAUAGAAAAAUCUUAUCAAUCCUAUCAAGUCUACAGACAUUAUCCAAGCUGAUUGUCAGUAAAAGUAGUGGGUUGAAAUUAAAAGAUUUGGGGAAACUCUCACUUCUACAAGGAGAAAUUUAUAUAAUGGAAUUGCAAAAUGUUGUGAAUGUUCAAGAAGUGAUAGAUGCGAGACUAAUGCAUAAACCAAGUCUUAACAAAAUAAGGUUGGCAUGGAGCAACAACUUAGAUAAUUCUCGAAAUGAAAUGCUGGAAGCAGAAGUGCCUAACUCUCUAAAACCCCAAGAGAAUUUAUCAAGUCUUGAAAUUGAUUUUUAUGGUGGUGCAAAGUUAUAG